GUUUCUCCCUCUCUCAUUUCCUCACCCUAAUUCGAAAAUGCCGCCGCCGUUACCGUCUCUGCAACUCCGGCGACUCCUCCUCCGCACCUUCACCUCAUCCGCCAAUCCUCUUCAAUCUCACUCCCGUAUCAUCCCCACCAAGACGUCAUUUCCCCAUCCGCCACCUCCCAGGUUCCCUCUAUUCCCUUCUUCCAGACUCUUCUCAUCCCAAACCAAUGCGGAUCCACAAACCCCCGCCGACCCGACUCAGAUCGCUCUCUCCUUCUCCAAGGAGCUCACCGGAACCCCCGCCGAAGCCGAUCCCCAAUCAAUCUCCCAGAGGCUCCACCUCAGCUUCUCCCACAUCACCCCGAACCGCGAUCUGAUCCUCAGAACCCUCAACCUCUCCCCUGAAGCCGGCCGCGCCGCUCUAGGGUUCAGCGACUGGCUCGACUCAAUCUCCUCCUUCUCCCACGACGACGAAACCGUCUCCCUGUUCGUCGAUUACUUCGGCCGUCGGAAGGAUUUCAAAGGGAUGCUACAGAUCAUCGCCAAACACAAAGACCUCGCCGGAGCCAAAACGCUAGAGUCAGCCGUCGACAGGCUCGUCCGAGCGGGACGAGCCAAGCAGGUGGUAGAGUUCUUCGAGAGGAUGGAGAUCGACUACGGGCUGAAACGAGACAGAGAGUCGCUCACCUUGGUGGUGAAGAAGCUCUGCGAGAGAGGUCACGGGAGCUUCGCCGAGAAGAUGGUGAAGAGCACGGUGAACGAGAUCUUCCCCGACGAGAGGAUCUGCGAUCUGCUGAUAAGCGGAUGGUGCGCCGCCGGGAAGCUCGACGAGGCGACGAGGUUCGCCGGGGAGAUGGCGAGAGGAGGGUUCGAGAUCGGUACGGUGGCUUAUAACGUGAUUCUUGAUUGUGUCUGUAAGCUUUGUAGGAAGAAAGAUCCGUUUCGGCUCCAGUCCGAAGUUGAGAAAGUGUUGCUCGAGAUGGAGACACGUGGCGUGCCGAGGAAUACGGAGACUUUUAAUGUGUUGAUUAAUAAUCUUUGUAAGAUUAGGAGAACUGAAGAGGCGAUGGAGUUGUUUGGGAGGAUGGGUGAGUGGGGAUGUCAGCCGGAUGCUGAGACUUAUCUUGUUUUGAUAAGGAGUUUGUAUCAGGCGGCUAGGAUCGGUGAAGGAGAUGAGCUGAUUGAUAAGAUGAAGUCGGCGGGGUACGGUAAGGCGUUGGAUAAGAAAGAGUAUUACGGGUUUUUGAAGAUACUGUGUGGGAUUGAGAGGCUUGAGCAUGCGAUGGUUGUGUUUAAGAACAUGAAAGCUGAUGGAUGUAAGCCUGGGAUCAAGACUUAUGAUUUGUUGAUGGGGAAGAUGUGUGCGAAUAACCAGGUGACUAGAGCUAAUGGUUUGUACAAAGAAGCGGCGAGGAGAGGUGUUGAGGUUAGUCCUAAGGAGUACAGAGUUGAUCCGAGGUUUUUGAAGAAGAAGAGUAAGGAGGUGGUGGAUAGCAAUGUGAAGAAGAGGGAGACUUUGCCUGAGAAGACGGCGAGGAAGAGGAGAAAGCUCAAGCAGAUCAACAUGAGUUUUGUUAAGAAGCCGCGUAAUAAGAUGAGGAGGAGAAUGUGAUCGGUAGCAUUCUAUGGUUCAAAACAGUCUUUUGUUAUUUCCUUGUUAUUGUUUUGUGAGAAGGUACUGUGAUCUUUGGUCAGUAGCCGAAUAAUCUUUCAGCUGAAUGUAACGUUUAGACACUUUUUAAUGGGUUGGCUCAAGAAUCGGAGAUAAAAGAAAGUUAUUUGCU